AUGCUCACAAUGGGAAGCAAUUUGACGAUUUCAAUGGAUGUUCGUAAAGUGGAUGAAGACUCUUUACUCCAAACAGGUUUAGACUCAAUCACUAAAGCAUGCGCAACUAUUCCCUCUCCUGCAUCGACACAUCGACGACAAAGCUCACAUAGUCCAACCUCGUUUACCGAAACAACUGCCAAAUGCGAAUCAUCACCUGUGUCGGAAGAUUCGGAUCGUGUUGUAAACGAAAACUCUAAACCUGCAAAUCUUGAGAUAGAAAAGCUGGACGACUCUUUUUUGGCCUUGGAAUCACUAACAGUUGAUGAUGAAUCUACGCCAGCAGAAGAUGCUACACUCUCCAUCAAUACUAAUUCGACCGACACUACAUCUACUGGAUUUACCAGCACUGACAUGACUCAAAAUGAAUCUGUACAGGCAUUGUCUGGCCCAGUGUGUGGGCAAAAUGGACAAUGGUACGAGAAUGAAAGUGUAUUAAAAGAGGUCACAGAGGCCUAUGUACAUAUUGAAUCAAAUAUUUAUAGAGGACGUACAAACGGCAAAGUAUCAAGCGACUUUAUGCAAUGCAACUGUGAAUACAAUUCAUCCCGCGAUCCAUCGUGGAUGGCAUGUGGCGAAGAUUCGGAUUGUAUCAAUAGACAAUUAUCAUUAGAAUGCUCUGCAGAAGACUGUCCCACUGGAAAUGCAUGCCAAAAUAGACGGUUUCAACUAUGUCAAUAUUCUCCUAUUCAAGUUGCUCGUGCUGGCUCAAAAGGAUUUGGAAUCUAUGCUAGAGAAAACAUUGCUGGCGGUGCAUUCAUUAUCGAGUAUUGUGGUGAAGUGAUUCCCGCUUCGCUGUUUGGUAAACGUAUCACAGAACAUUCCAACAACAGCGCGCAGCAUUUCUACUUUAUGAGUUUGAAAAAAGAUGAGUACAUUGAUGCAUCUAAAAAAGGAAACCUUUCUCGGUAUUUAAAUCACAGCUGCGAUCCCAAUUGCUCAUUACAAAAAUGGCUGGUUGGUGACACGAUUCGGAUUGGCUUAUUUGCUUUGAGAGCUAUUCCAAAAAAUGCCGAACUUACUUUUGACUACAAGUUUGAACGAUACGGAUCCAAGGCUCAAGAAUGCUAUUGUGGUGCUGCUGCAUGCACUGGGUUUAUUGGUGGAAAUCGGUCUUCUGACGAGCCUGGUGAUUCUGAAAGCGAUGAUUCUGAAGAAGACGAAGGCAUUGAGCUGGAUGACAACAGUGAGGAUGAGGAGACUAGAGAUGCAAUCGCAAGUCGUAACAAAAAAGAGUUUAAAAAGAAACCCCGCAAAUCCGAAAAGGUGUUUCGUCCCAUCGAGUCGUUAGAGGACUUGAAAAAGACUGUACGGGCACUGUUUUUUGCUGGAUCUCAAGCCGAUCGAGCUCUUCAUGUACUAAAACGUCUACAGAGACUGGAUGAUUCUGUUUUACUCCGAAAAUUUCUUGGUCUGCAUGGUUUAGAUGUUGUUCGUAGUUGCAUAAUGACUACGAAAUAUGAUUUCACUGUGGUUUCAGUGGUGGUUGAGAUUAUUCAGAAACUCCCCAUUACCAUCCGGAAUCCUGUCUUGUGUCUUAUUCCGUUUUUUGAAAAAAUGCUAGAAAAAGAAGAUAUGGAAGACACAACUCGAGAGGCUGUCAAGGAGCUUUUGAAACAAUGGAGUGGAUUAACAAUCAAAUACAUUAUUCCGAAACGCUCUUCUAUAACUAAUGAAGACCAGUCCAAGAAUCAGGACUUAUCGACUGCAUCGGCUCCAAAAAUACCACCGGCGGGGUUGAAUGCUACUUUGGUCGUUGCAAACUAUUUGGCCAAUUCAUUAAAUACUUUGGAUGCUCUUUCUUCAAGUUCUGCUUUGAAUCCAGUAUCUGCAACUUUGGUAUCGAGUUUACUAUUUACCGAGCCCGAGUAUUUUCCACGAUACAACAAGGCGAGUGCACAAUCUGGCCAAGCAUGCAGUGCAGUAUCUUCCACGCCUCUGAAUGCUGAUAAAAAUACAGCAGCUACUUUUAAACAAAGUGCUUUAGAACAGCAAUCCAAGGAUAAUCAAAAAAGUCGUCGCGAAUCACACAGUUCUGGACAUCAAUCAAGUGAGAUUCCUAGGCGACUCUCUUCAAAAGCAAACACGGAUAAUGAAAAGCGUGGGCAUGAUUCUGUUUCCAUGUGUAGUUCUCAAAUACAUACUGCCCCUGCUUCCGGUGAUAGUAUACGAUCUUUACCAAAGGAUUCUGAAAGAUCAAAGCAUAAUCGUGCAGAAUCUCCUGAUCGAUACACUACCCACCCCAAAUCACCGACAAGGGAUAGUUAUUUUAAAGGUCGAGACGAUGAGUACAGACGAGGCCGUUCUAGACGCAGUGAUCAUACUGUCAGUCCAUAUCGCCAGUCAUCAAGAGAUACGGAUCGACGAGAUACUCGCAAACGUAGCUGCAGUCCGGGUCAUCGGAGCAGAAAAGAUUCAAGUUCUUCACGACGUAGAUCUCGCAGACGUAGUCGAUCUCGCAGUAUCACUCGUUAUCAAGCUAGUCGGAGAGAUCGUAGCCGUAGUCGAUCUCGCAGUAUCACUCGCUAUCAAGCUAGUCGAAGAGAUCGUAGCCGUAGUCGAUCUCGCAGUAUCACUCGUUAUCAAGUUAGUCGGAGAGGUCGUAGCCGUAGUCGUAGUCGUUCGUCCAUUCGAUCUAAUUAUCGCCGACGCUCACGUAGUCGCUGCUACAGUGAUGACCACAGUCAAAGUCCUGCUCCUCGUAGCGGAAGACAUGGCAAAGAUGAUGACUCUUAUCGUCGCUCUUCAUUUGCUCAUCGGCGUAGUCCAAGCCCUGUUGACGAUUGUGGUCGGGACAGUGCUAAAUCCUCUUGGUCACGACAUACAAAUGAUAUUAUUAGCCCACACGAUGAGAGCAACAAAGACCAGAGUUUACCUUUCCGUCGCAGUAUCAGUCAUGACGACUCUCGGGAUGUACAAAAUAAUAGCGAUGAUAAAUCAAAACAAGAAAACGAGCAGCUUCAUUCUGAUCUGUUAGAUAUGGCGACAGAUUCAGAUUUGACUACAUUAGGGUCUAGCUGCACAAAAUCGGAAACCCAGCAGCAUACUAUUCAAGCAGAUAUUCCUAGUACUGAUAAUAAGUUAGUUUCAAGCAUGUCAAAAGAAAAGGAGACUGCGACAUAUUCUAGUCAACGCCAUUCUCAACUCAAACUGGAUGCUACCCUUUUUGCCGACGAUUCAUCCAAAUAUGAUAAAGAAAGUAGCCAUGAUAAGUUCAACUCGAGUUUAGAGCACUCGGCGCCAUCCUGCUCUAAUCACACGGAUAGAGUCAAAUCUGCAUAUAAGCGUAGAUUUUCGACAGCUGCUGAAAGUACGACUGAAUGCAUUGGUCAGCAUAUUUCCAAAAGCUCGCGAUUGUCAUUGGAUGCUUUGCACGAUUCUUUCAUAUCCACCAAUCCCAAACCUGUCACUCGUGUGAAAUCAAAAGAUGGACUUGAACACGAUCCUCGCGAAUCAAGCAAGCCAGUGAGAUUACAGGUGUCAGAUUUACAUAAAAAGCGAUUGUCGGUUGAGAGCAGCGAGCACUACUCUGCUUCAUCAACUGCAUCACUUCAGUCCUUAGCUCCAGUUGAUAAAGACUCUGUACAAACACCAUUUACUGACGCAUUGAAGAAGCAUGUGCAUUCAGACAAGGUUUUAUUUAACAAUGCAAUAGAUGACACUGUUGCAGAGUUGGGCAACGAACGAUUUGGUAAGGGUAACAUAUCUGAGCGCAAGUCUAAAUCCAGCGCAAAGUCAUCCAAGCAUUCCAGCGAGUCGUCCUCCAAGAAGGUUUUAAUUCGGAAAGAGCUUCAUUCUAUUGCAAUUGAUCAACUAUCUAAAUUUAAACAUACGAUUUCGAUUGAAAAGUUCAAAACCAUGGCAAAGUCGUUGGUCAAGGCAGUGACUGACGAGGUAGGGAAAUCACUAAUAAUGGAGCUUACUGAUGAUAAACUAGUGGACACAUCACGAACAGCUGCCAAGAAGUGGGUUAGAAUGUAUCUUGCUCGACAUGGAUGUGUACACUCUGAUGCGAUUUCUAAAUCUCAAUCCAAAGUAUCUAAAUAAACCGAUGUUUUACAUAAUGAAUUUAAA